AUGGCUAACAGCACCUACGGGAAGCUGUGGCUGGAGUCGCGGCGGAUCCUGAAGGAGCUUUUGGAUCAGGAACUGUCCGCCGAGCCCAGGAAGCCCGAGAAGAACCGGGCCGUUUUCUGGCACCGGCUGGCCACCCUCUUCCUGCGCUACGUGCAGGUGGCGCGGCGCCUGGAGGCCUGCUACGACCAGGUGGUGCAUCCGCAGAAGCGCCUGGCGCUGCGCCCGCUGCUGGACAGCGUGCUGGGACGCAUCUUGGAGCUGAAGCAGGAGCUGGUGCAGCUGGACCGCUCCGAGUACCACUACAUGGACCACGUGCUGGAGGAGCUCAAGCUGACGCCGGCCGAGAUGGAGGUGCCGAUUCCCAAGUACUUCCUGAGGGAGCGGGCCAAGGUCCUGCAGGAGCGUCAGGAGGUGCUGGCGGGGCUCCUGGCCCGCAUGGAGCCCUCCAGGGCCAUCCCUCAGCCCCUCCUCUCUCCCCAGUUCCCGCACUCUCUGAUUCUGCGGGACGAGGCGGUGAGGCUCAUUCAGAUGGCGGAGCGGAUGCGCCAGGGACGCCUCCGGGCCCACUUCAUGGCCGAGAUCCGGAGGGACGAGGAGCGCGAGCGGAGGGUCAAGGAGGGAGGCCCAGACGAGCCCAACCGGGACACGGCCGCCAUCUGCAUCCAGAGA